AUGGACCUCUGGCUUUGGUCACUUUACUUCCUUCCAGAAUCUUUUUUUUUUUUUUUUUUUAAUUUACUUUUGGCUGCGUUGGGUCUUCGUUGCUGUGCGUGGGCUUUCUCUAGUUGCGUAGCUGGAGCCCUGAAGGUCCUUCCAGAAGUAAAGGUGGAGGGAAUGCUGGGAGGAUCCGUCGUCAUCGAGUGCCCGCUUCCUGAAAUGCACAUGAGGAUAUAUCUGUGCCGGACAAUUGUUGCGUCUAGAGGAUGCGCUACCGUGGUGUCCAACAGGAACUUCGUCAAGAAGGAAUUCAAGCAUCGAGUCACCCUGGAGCUGUGUCCAGACAGGAAUCUGUUCCUGGUGGAGAUGACAGAGCUGGUCAAGAGUGACAGCGGGGUCUAUGCCUGUGGGGCGGGCAUGGACACAGACCGGGGCAAGACCCAGCAGGUCACCCUGUCUGUUCACAGUGGCCUCAGUCUCGUCCUAGAGACCACCAAUGGACUCCUCUUGCCUCCGGUAGAUUACGAUUACGGCCCUUUCUGGGAAGAAGAGCCAGUGCCUGAGCCUCCAGCAUGGUUUAAUAGAUUUCUCCAAAUGCAUAUGCCUCCUUGGUUCCAGAUGCCUGAACAUGCCAGUUCUUUGGAUUUCAUAUCCAAAGUAACCACACCAGCUCAAAGGACCGAGGCCCCUCCAGCACACCACGCCUCCCCCACCACCUCAAUCACCCACCGCCCUCGAGUUUACAGGGCAUCUUCAGUAGCAACUGCCCAGCCCACCACCCUCCUGCCAUCUGCCACAGCCUCAAAAACCUCAGCACGGGAGGAACUGCUCAGGCUCCAGACGGCCAGCUACAACCACCACACCAGGCUUCACAGGCAGAGAGCACUCAACCACGGCCCAGGCCCGGUGUCUGGGAUGGAAGAUCAAGGCUUCUACAUCCUGACCCCCACCAUCCUGGGUCUCAUCCUGCUGGCACUUCUGGGGCUGGUGGCGAAGAGGGUCAUUCAAAGGAGGAAAGCUCUCUCCAGACGGGUCCGCCGACUGGCCGUGAGGAUGCGCACCCUGGAGGCCUCACAGCGGCCCCUGUCACAGCGGCCACGCGUGUCGCAGCGGCCACGCGUGUCGCAGCGGCCACGCACCCAAAACAACGUCUACAGCGCCUGCCCUCGGCGCCCUCGGGGGGUGGACGCUGCUGGCGAAGGGGCGGCACCUCUCCCAGUCCCCGGAGCAUCGGCGCCCACAGCCCCGCCGCAGGUGUCGGAAACUCCCUGGCUCCAUGCCCCAUCUGUGAAGAUCAGCUGUGAAUAUGUGAGCUUCUACCACCAGCCUGCUGCCAAGAUGGAGGACACGGAUUCCGAUGACUACGUCAAUAUUCCCUGCCUGACUCAGCUCUCCAGCUGUCCCCCUGGGCCCAGACCUUGGUGCCAAUGAGUCUUGUCUGUAUGCUGGUUUCCAACACCCGCUCCAUCCGUUUUCAGAACCCUCGUUACUCCCACGUCCCACCUCGAGUCUCAUCCCUGUCUGUUUGCCCUGAGCACUGCUCAGUCCCCCCUCCCCCAGCUCUUCCUGGACACUUCUGCAGCCCCGUGUGCUUUUCAGGUGGCCUCUGGGAAUGCAGAGCAUUUGUCCUGAUGCCACUUGCUUCCUUUUCAAGCCAUGCAACAGGCUAUGGGAUUUGCAGAGUGUCUUUGAUCACACGGUCUUUGCUGCCCUGGCUCUAGACCACAUGGCCUUGGACUGGAGCCUAGGCAUAGCUUUUGCUUUGAAAGCCCUUCUUGGUCUUGGGUUUCCCACCAGUAGAAGGUGCCUGAACUUCUUUGUGAGGACAUGCUUCAGCCCUGAGCUAGGAAGGGACCUUGUUAUGAAACACCCCUUACAACCUCUUUGCCCUGAUCUUAGGGCCGGCAUUUGCUAGUGAUCUUCUAUUUGUCUGGAGUCCUAUGGUGAGGGCAAUUUAUUUUGAUGUGACGAAGGGUUGUAAAUUUUCAGAACCAUGCUUGUUAGUGCUAGUGAUAUAUGUGGAUACCCUCUUUACUCUAAGUCUUUCUCCCUUGAUGCACCUAAGUACCCUGACUCCAGCAUUCCCCCUCUUUCAGAAAUAGAAUAGUUUUUGUCAUCUAUUUAUCCUUCUUCCAUGCACUGAAAUGUGUGCAUUUAUCUUAGCCUUGGUCUGUUGGAGCUAUCCAAAGCCAUUACAUCUCUCUGCUUUCAGAAAUGCACCUCCUCUCUUUGCCAGGUAGCUUAUAGCCAGGUGAGGAAGAACAAGGAUAUAGGAUCCCUGGAAGGCCAGUUGUUCGUCAAGAGCACUCACGUCAUGGAAGAAGAGACGCCCCACCUCCUACAUAUAUUCAUCCUCUCGAGUGUUCUGAAGAAGGGCACAGUUAGGCAGACAUCAUAUCUUUGGAUUGCACUCAACUACAAAGUUCAGUCAGAGCCUGAGACUAGAGAAUGUCCAGUCUUGCUUUUAGGAAGAAGGCCUUUCCCAGACACACAACUCAGCUUCUCUGGGCACUGGUCCAGUGAUAGAAAGGAAAGGUUCCCGAGGUGCCUGCUUUUUAUGAGCAGGGAAUGUCAUCACAGACGGGAUAACACAUAACCCUAACCCUAACCUAACCCUAAAUUAUAUUCGCACCACCAUCAUACCUGUCAUCCAGGAAUGAUGACACCAUCCACGAGGUCAGCUUGACACUGGCACCCUCCCAAGUGGCAGAUAAGGGAAGAGUGAGUAGGAUAAGAAAGAGAGCAUCCAAGGGGCAGGGAUGGUGGGAGUGAGGUGGGGAGUGUGGGCAAGAAAUGCAGUGUUUAGGGAGAGUCUGCUUUGUUCUGGGCACCCCCCUGCAUUAUAUCUUUUAUCAUUUAUAUUUCAAACCAGUGCCCUCACUCUCAUCCCAGUGCUCUGCAGAGGACCCCUGCAGGCGUCAUGACAGUGUGAUUUCCAUGCCCUCAAGUUCAACUUCACAUCCCAGCAUCCCUCUUUGUUCCUCAACAAUUCAAAGACAGGUUAAAAACAAUCCAAUUAAGC